AUGGAAGGAGCCAAGAGAAUCUUGUUGGGUUCGCGAAAGAAACCCAGGAGGAGGAAGAACAGGAGAUUUGUCAGGAAUCUCGUGGCCUACCUCAAUUCCGAUGAUUACUUGUUCUCUCCUCUGUUUGCCAAUUCCGAAUCAUCGAAGGCGAACGACAUCUCCAUGGCAGGGAUUGAAGCAUUGGAGAUGAAGAGGGUAAAGAGAAAAAUGUCGGAGAAAGUGAAGGAAUAUCUAAAGUCUGAUUGUCAUAUGUACGGACCAGUUACCUCCUCUGCUUCUUCGAUUAAAGCAGGGAAAUUGCAAAUCACAAACUUGGUUACUAUGGAAGUAUCAACGAGUACUACAACAACAAUGAGGGAAGAUAACAACAAGUAUAGUAAUCUCCAGUCAGACAUUACAGAACAGACAUUGUUGCAUAAUGGAAGGAUCAAAACACCAAAAGAAAUCUUAGGAGGACAACAAACUGGACUAAGCCAUGAAACAGAUCAUUCACCACCAGAGAAAACAGAGAAAAAGAUGAGCAAGCCAGAGCAAAGGAGAGUUACAAUUGAGUGA